AUCAAGAUAUGACAAAAAUCUUAUUAAUUAGUGAUAAUAGUGUAGAUGAGGGUGUGAGAGAGAGAUGUAUAGGAAUGGGCAUGUAACCAUUCUUGUUUUUUGUUGUCGUUGUUGUUUGGUUUUUUUUUUUCACAUCCAUGAUCAGCUCUCACGUCGUAUAUAUAUAUAAGCUCUAUGAUAGUUUAACAAAUAAAUACUUGUGCAAGAGCGUCCAUCCAAAAUAUAAAGCAGCCAUACAUUUAACUAGAGAUGUAAUUUGUAAAGGCUAUGGCUGAAAAUGUGCUCCUUUGUGUGUGAUUUUAAUCAGUAUGAGACAGCUGAUUGCCUGCAAACACCAACAUUACCUUAAAAAAUCCUUUGCAUCAUGGUGACGACACUCACGUUAUUAUUUGUGUCCUUAUUGUCCAAAAUCUAUCCAACUUGUAGUUUGUCUCUCACACACAUGCACAUAUACACCAGCAUAUAGAAUUACAGACUAUAGCAAGGAACAAGUGAAGAGCAGCAGGCACUCAACCAGAAACGAAAGUGCAGACGACACGAGAGCUCUCAGUAUUGGAGGUACAAACCUCCAGGUCUACUGCGCACAUAGGUAGUGCGUUUGUGUGGUGUUGAAAGUGGUUUUAUUGAAUACCUUAAGUGCAUAUGUUUGAAGAUGUUGAAUGUUGAAGUGAUUCGACAGACACAGUCAAUAUGGUCAAGUGGGCAGAAAAGGUCGGUACACAAGUGACAGGGCAUCCAAGUGAGGAGGACAGAUAAACAAAGAUUGGCUCGGAGGAACCCGGAAGCGAAAAGUUCCUAUCACGUGGUAUCAGAUAUCACUGACGAACUUAUUUGUGGUCGUGUAGCAUGCAGUGUACAUGUUUGUGUCAACUGCUGGAGUACAUUCAGAAUAAAAAACAGCAAAUGGAUUAGAAUUUACGUGCAUGUGUUUUAGGUAAAUGAUUGUUUUCGUAACACAGAUCAUAGAAGUCUGCCCUGCAAGUGCUCUACCACAGUUACAAGUGCUCAGCACAGAAUUAAAUCGCAGCAUUCUAAUUUUUUUUCGUGUUUGUCUCCAUUCAUGCCAAGCUGUCAACCAGGCGUCUGCGACGUCUGAAGUACACAACAUCCACAGCGACUACUCUGUUGUACGAUGUGUGCAAAGACCUUUUGUUGUCAUCGACUUGAGCUUCCUGUUCGUCUUUCACGCACCAAAACAGCCAAACCACUGCCGUGUAAACACCUAAACCACUGCUUUGUAAACAGCUGUGCUGUCCUUGACAGAUAAUGCUAUCAAGGGUGCGAGAUACAAGAUACAGUAAACAAUAACUGCGAAAGGACGAGUGGCUCUUCCUUCCAAAAUGAGUGAUGAAGCAAGUGCCCUGGAAAAAAAUAUGGCCUUUUGGCUGGACAACAUCCGCCAGCAGUUUCCCAGACGUCACACGGGGGUCUACACCAUCCCCGCCAUCCACAUUAAUCGCGUGCCCUACGACGUGCUGACCUUUGCCGACGAGUCGGUGUAUGUCCCGCAAACUCCUUGCGACGAUGUACAGCCGGAGACCAAGCGGUCCUCUCGUCGCAAGGAAGGGCAACUUUCUCUGGUCCACCAAAGUGAAGUCAAAACCGACGCGGCGCAGCAGCGCGUGCUGUUCUGUCUGACCAAGAUGGCGGAACGAGAGAAACAGGCGAUGGUGAUGCUGAGCCAGCUGCAGUUCGGUGACUACCUGGGCGAAGAAGCCUACGCCGCCGCCACCGCUUUGCUGCCCCAGUCUAAAAACCUCCAGCGGUUCGCCGCGGAUGACCAGUCGUCACGAAAGGACCUUAGUAGGGGUGACUUCGACAUCCUCAUCAUAACACCGCCAUCAUGGCCUGAUCGUCUGCGAAAUCAAGUCGCUCAGAGACAGAUCAUCUGAGGAAGGCGGGUGCGGUGACUUCCUGAGCAUCUU